GAUAUAUCAUACAAGAAUACAGAUCUGUAUUAUUUUAUCAAGACCCUUGUAUCCUUCAAUCCCCUCUUAAAACCAGUUGUCACUUUAGACAACUUGGUUUUUCUUGUUUUCUAUUUUCUUUUGAAAAGUCUUUAUGUAGGCAGUAUAUCCUUCUGCCGAGUGGCGGUGAAGUAGAGGGACUUGGGUGUCUGAUGAGGGGGAGAGGAGGAUUUUAGUAUCUGCAGCAGGUCUUGGCUUGCAGCGUUUCAUACAUAAGAAAAUAAGUUUUAUUGACACAUAUACUAUGAGGACAAUAACAGUAAUGUGUAUUAUGAGCUGCAGAACGCCCCCUAUCCAUCCUCCUAUGCCCUUGAGCCAGGUAGCGGGAUUCAAUAUUGAAAAGGUAUCCCCCCACCACUUAUCCUUGUUGAUUUCAUAGUCUUUGGCGUAUUUGUCCCUCAAUUUUUGUAUGUUCUCCAGCUGGUGGUGCAUCCGAAUUGUUCCUGAAGUGUCUAUGUAAUGGUAACAAGUAGGACCUAUGAUUUGACACAUCCCUCCUUGGGCUGCUGUGAGAUAGUCCAAGACUAUUGCGUGUUGGUUAGUCACUAUCAUCAGUUGGUUUUGUACGGAAACAGAGGUAUUAGUAAUUUCUAAAAUGUCACAUAUUUGGUCGUCGAGGUAGUCAGUGGCUUUGACUAACUUAUCCCAUAUUUGCAUCACCAUUGGAUAUAUAAAAAUGGUGCUAAAAAGCUUGUUGGUUAUUCCCAUUUGUACAACGUGGCCUACCGUUUUCCCUUUCUUUGUUAUCUGCUGCUCUUCGGUAUAACAUAUGUUUAGGAGCUGCUCUCAUGUCAAUGUCGUCGUUGUAUAUGACAAAGGUCGAGGGGGUAAGUCUAGCUAGGGUGCAUGUGCCCAGUGGCGUUGCGACCUGGGUGCGGGGGGUGCGGCCCGCACCGGGUGACACCAUCCUGAUGGGGUGACACCAGGUACGCCCCCGUUCCUCACUUGCGCUGUCUCAGUAAUAGCACUCCCCCAUCAUCACUUGCGCUGUCUCACUUGUCUCCGUACUAGUAGCACCCCCCCCCCCCGUCACCUGCACAGUGAACCUGUGCCCCCACGUCUUCUGUCGCGCCGACCCGACGUCACUCCGCAGGCCGCGCAGGAGGACGUGAUGUCACUAGCAGAGCGCCCGCAGAGAAGGAGCGCUGCGCUGGAUGGCGUCACAUGUAGAUCUAUCAGCCCUGACACCAGAUUACAACAGUGUGCUGUCAGCCGGUGCCGAGCGAGGACGUGCAGCCGGAAACCUACAGGACAGCGACAUGAUCCGCCCCGGAGCGUGCAGGUGUUGUACAAUGGACAAACCAGAGAUUGCCCCCCAAAGAAACGACAGUGGGAUUUUCCCCCCGAUACACUACAAAGAGAUGCAUAAAAGUCGUCAGACUCGCUUCCACAAUGACCUGAACUGCCCGGUGUGUCUGCAGACGGCGACGUCCCCGGUGGAGACCAACUGUGGCCAUCUAUUCUGCGGCCCGUGUCUCAUUGAGUAUUGGAAGCACGAUCCCUGGCUGGGCAUCAUCAGCUGCCCCCUCUGCAGACAAAAGGUGCACAUGCUCUACGAUGAUCUUUAUGAAGUUCAGCAGCAGGAUAAGACAAGCGAAGCCAUCGCGAAAGACAUCAGACAAUACAACAAUCGCUUUUCCGGGAAACCGCGACCUUUCUCCGACUACCUGUGCGACCUGCCGUCGCUCUUGCACCUGGCGCUCCGCAGGGUCUUCACCAUGGGUGGACUUGUAUGGAUCUUCUGUCUCAGGAUAGUGGUGUGCUCAUUUGGCGCCAUCAUGUGCCUCUCGUCGCCCUUUGCCGCCGCCAUCCCCGACCCCCUCUGCGGAAUCCUCAGCGCCAUCGACGACCUGGUGGUGAUCUUCCUCCUGCUGAUCUGCAUGCUCAACAUUUCACAACAGUUCCGUCCGGACGGGAUGACCAUGGUCCAGACGGCCGCACAGAGCGUCUUGUCGGAGUCGUGACGGCGCCAAAGGCGUAGAUGUGAUUGGACUGUGCGCAGAUGUUACACAUCGCUGGGAUUUCUACAUGUUCCCUGUUAUGGAACAACCAAUGGAAAGGCAGCGGUCUCCAAACUGAGGAGCACCAGU